GCUCGAAUACCCUUUUCACUGCUUCCAUCCGUCGCUGUUCGUCUGCUCUCAAUCGUUCAGAGCAUCUAUUACAUUCAAUACCAGGAAUCAAUCUGACAUCUACUGGGCAUUUCCUCGACGGUUGUGGAAGAUCAUGGGUAUCCAUUCCAAAGAUAACAAAUUUCUUUCAUUUCUUUCCGAUUCGGGAAUGCGACUAUUUCUUCCGACUCGGACAUGUCGCGGUGUUAUCUGCAGUCCACGAAGUAUCAUAAAAGCCAACAUUCCUGCUCCUUGUAUCCUUAUCACACCUUUCACCCUUAGCAAUGGUAUCACAAGAAAUCCCGUUCAAGAUAUCCAUUCCGGACGACGAGCUCAAGCUCCUCCAACAAAAGCUCUCCUUGAUCAGAUUACCAGACGAACUCGAAGGAUCUGGGAAGAAAUACGGCGUACCGUUGAAGGACAUCCAGCGUCUAGUCACCCGGUGGAAAGACGGGUUUGACUGGAAGGCUCAAGAAGCCGCUCUUAACGCCGAGCUCCCGCAGUUCACUCGCGAUAUCGACGUGGACGGUUUUGGAGUGUUGAACAUCCACUAUGUGCAUAAGAAGAGCGAGGUAGAGGGUGCUCUACCGCUGCUUUUUGUUCAUGGGUGGCCAGGGAGUUUCAUCGAAGUACGGAAGAUUCUGCCACUGCUGACGGCGUCGUCACCGGAUCAUCCCAGCUUCCACGUCGUCGCGCUGAGCUUGCCAGGAUAUGGAUUUUCGGAGGACAGCAAGAAGCAAGGUUUCAGGCUCGCCCAAUACGCCGAAGUCGCCGAAAAGCUCAUGGUCUCUCUUGGAUAUAAGGAAUACGUCACGCAAGGAGGAGACUGGGGAGGCCUCAUUACACGGAAGAUAGCCAGCCUCUAUGGAGGAGAGCAUAGCAAGGCGCUCCAUACGAAUACUCCUACGGGACGCCGUCCGACGAUCUUCGAGCCUAUCCUUUUUCUCCAGCACCUCGUCACCCCAUACACCGAUACAGAGAAAGCCGGGCUGAAAUGGAGCCAGUGGUUCCGCACCAAAGGUGAAGGCUACCUGAUCGAACACGCCACGCAGCCCCAAACGAUGGGAUAUUCCCUCGCUGAUUCUCCUGUCGGUCUGCUUGCAUGGAUAUUCGAGAAAUUGGUGAACUGGACUGACGAGUAUCCUUGGGAAGACGAUGAAGUCCUAACGUGGAUAUCCAUAUACUGGUUCUCAAGAGCGGGUCCUACAGCAUCCAUACGCAUAUACUACGAGGUAUUUGGAUCGGCCGAUAUUGGGAUGAUGACCGAGAGACUGCCUAUACCGCUCGGGAUAUCAUACUUCCCAGCAGAGCAUUACUGUGUUCCUCGGCAUUGGGCGCGUACGACCGGAAAUGUUGUGUUCGAGUCGGAGCAUACGAGCGGUGGACAUUUCGCUGCGCAUGAAAAGCCUCAGGAGUUGGUGGACGAUGUGAGGAAGAUGUUUGGGAGGGGAGGGCCGGCGUUUAGGGUCGUUCCCGGUAAGACAGGUUACAGGUGAGAGGGAUGGGAUACGCUUGUCUGUCGUAUAACUACGACCUCCAAGCCCUAACCUGACUCUGUUACAGAUGUACAAUUCACCGGAACAAUAUCUUCUUUCCUUUGUACUAGUCCUCGUCCAUAGA